ACAUCACUCACCCGCCUGCGAGCCCCGCAACGGAGUAGCAUGAUAGCUGCUCCUCGAGGGUCUGGAAAUGUUCUUCUACGUUGGAUCUCGAAUGGACAGACUCCCCAAAGCGAAUUUCUCAAGAACAAGACCCAACGGCCAAAACGUGAAGUUCCAGAGAUCCCAGACGAGGCAAGGAACUCAGUUAUCCUGGAGCAGUUUGACAACGAAGCGGAUGUCCGAAGCGCUUUUUGGAGAUACUCUAAAGGGUAUUUUGUGCUCAAAGGAAAAGGUGCUCAGGACAAGAAGCCCUUUUUAACUUUUGGAAAGUUUGCUCUCAGAGAAAACUGCCAAUGUCACAAAUGUGUUCAUCCAGACACGAGACAGAAAACCCUUGACACUUUCUCAAUCCCGGAGGAUGUCGACGUGACAUAUAUCGAACCGGGUGCCACAACUGUUAAAAUUGGCUGGUCCGAUGGCCAUGAAGGUCUCUACUCGUGGGACUGGCUUGUGGCACACCAGAAUAUUCAUCGUUUUGAAACUGCCCAGCCAAGCUCACGCUUUCCGCCAUUGAGAACCAGGACUAUUCGUGAGCAUGAUGCUGGAAAUUCCGAUUAUCCAACGAUCCUAUACCAAGACGUGAUGUCAAGGGAUGAUGCUAUGUUAGAGUGGCUGCGCAAAAUUUACUCGGUAGGGUUUUGCUUUAUCAAAGGUGUUCCAGUUGACCCCGAGGCAACGAAGCAAUUGAUUGAGCGGAUUGCGUUCAUCCGACACACUCAUUAUGGUGGUUUUUGGGAUUUUACUGCCGAUUUGACAUUCAAGGAUACGGCAUAUACCAAUGAGGCUCUUGGUGGACACACCGACAACACCUAUUUCACCGAUCCUGCAAGACUCCAACUCUUCCAUUUGUUAUCACACACCGAUGGUAGCGGAGGAGAAAGCUUACUGGUAGAUGGACUCGCGGCUGCUCGCAAGUUAAGGAAAGAAAGCCCCGAGGAUUAUGUUGCCUUGACCAGGGAAAGACAUUCAUGGCAUUCAAGCGGUAACGAAGACGUCUGCAUUCAGCCGUCCUUCCGCGCUCCUGUUCUCUCUAUCCACCCUGACUAUCAAAGGGUAUACCAAGUCCGUUGGAACAACUACGAUCGCGCGCCAAAGAGCGAUUGGUCACUCGUGGCUCAGGAUCGCUGGUAUGGGGCGGCUAGGCGCUUUAACAAGAUUCUCAAUGAACAGAACAGACAAAUCUGGACUCAGCUGGAGCCGGGUAUGGCUUUGAUCUUUGACAAUUGGAGAAUGUUGCAUGGUCGCGCUGAGUUCACUGGAAAGCGCAGGAUGUGUGGUGGCUACGUGAAUAAUGACGAUUUUAUCUCACGACUCCGACUACUACAACUUGGCCGAGAGAAGGUUUUGAACAGCCUAGGAAGUUUCAAACAAGAUCAUCCGUUGGGUUCCAACACGAAGUCUUCCCGUGAAAAUGGCCAAUUUCAUUAUUUUGUGUAG